AUGAACUCGGACACUUUGACGCGUGGCCUGCUCUACCUGUCUCUGGCCGUGACUGGUGUUCCAGGCAACAUCGUGGUCAUCUGUGCCUUCCUCUCGGUGGUGUAUCACGAGGGCCGUCUCUCGCCCACAGAAAGCAUCGUGCUGCACCUGGCGUCUUCUAACUUGAUGGUGGUGGGCGUUCGCUGCCUGCUGGAGGUUCUAGCCACGUUUGAGAUCCUCAAUGUGUUUGAUGACACCGGCUGCAAGGUGGUCAUCUUCAUCUAUCGCACGUCCAGAUCUCUGUCCAUCUGGCUGACGUUCCUGCUGAGCGUGUAUCAGUGCCUGAGCGUGGCUCCGCCGGGCUCGCGUUUGGCCGUCGCCCGUGCUCUGUUCGCCCAGUACCUGGCUGUCCUCUUCCUGGCUCUAUGGCUAAUCAACACCUCCACGACUGCCGCCACGUUGCUUUACGCUGUAAGGGCCCAGAACGACUCCAGACUCCUGCAGAAUGGGAUCAACGUCAAGUUCUGUAUCCUGAGCUUCCCGUCCAAGCUGGCGAUGGAUGCCAAUGGCGGGGCGCAAUUAGGACGAGACGUGGUGCCAAUAUCUCUGAUGACAACGGCCAGCCUGGUCCUGCUGGUGUUCCUGCUCCGCCGCAGACGGCGGGUGAAGGGUUUGCAGGGCGGUGCGGCGAGGCAGGGUCCAUCUGCAGAGCGCCGUGCUGCCCUCACCGUCGUCACGCUAGUCACAAUCUACGUGAUUAUUUAUGGAGUGGACAAUGGAUUGUGGGUUUAUACGCUGACCGUGCCUAAGAUGCUUGACUCCUCGCUGAUCACAGAUGUGAGGAUCUUCUUGUCGUCUCUGUAUGCUGUCCUCAGUCCCAUUGUGAUCAUCAUCUCUAACAGGAAAGUCAAUAAACAGUUGAAUUGUGGGAAAGAGCCAAAGACGUUCUUGGACGCAGCUCAGCCCACAACCAACCUGAAACUGAUGGUCCAGUACUUAGUGUUCGCCAUGAUUCUGGCCUGCAUUCCCCUCAGCAUGGCGGCGUGGGUAUACUGUUCCCCAAAGCGCCCCCUAGAGGACGCAGUUCGAAGUUCCCUCGAAAGGGAACGGUCUCAGGUUACGUAUGUAACCAUGGUUCCCUGAGUAGGGAACGAGACACUGCGUCCUCUAGCUCUCUGCCAUGCUUCGGACGCAAGCUUCAGACGAAGAAGAUAAUGACGUGCUCUCCCGGUGCUGAUUUAUAGUCGCGCCGGUAGUGACGUCGGAGGCUGUCGACGGCCAACAAGUUGGUGUUUUUUCAUUGUAUGCUUCAGACACGGGUCACGACGAGGUGUUCCCCAAA